AUGUUCGGAUUCAUUCACGAAAGUAUACGACAGCUCAUGCUUAGAAAAUAUGGAGAGGAAUUUUGGAUCAAAGUAUUGCAGAGAGCAGGAUUUGAAAGUGGAAAGGAGAACAUAGUCAAUCACUACUACUCUGACUCCGACACCUAUGUCCUUGUGGAUGCUGUCAGCGUGAUAGCAAAAAUGACAAGAGAACAAGUUUGGGAAAUGUACGGCGGAUUCUUGAUUGAGUAUACUAUGGAAAUUGGAUGGGACGACCUGAUUCGCUCUAUGAGCCCUAACUUGAAGGGGUUCCUCGACAACCUAGACUCGCUCCAUUACUUCAUUGAUCAUGUCGUCUACAAAGCAAAUCUACGAGGGCCAUCUUUUCGAUGUGAAGACAAUUCAGAUGGAACCAUUACCCUGCACUACUAUACCGGACGGCCGGGACUCUACCCAAUUGUGAAGGGGGUGUUGCGUGAAGCAGCUAAGCGUGUAUUCAAGCUCGACAUUGCUUUAACGAUCACUGGUCGCACACAAAGGAGUGUGCAAAUGGCCACUGGAGAAAGAAUCGAAGAGCAUGUUAUAUUUUUGAUCAAGACUGCAAACACCCAAGAAGAUGGGGCAGAGCUGGGAAAUGCGAGGCAGCUCCCGCAGCAAGGAAACGACUUCAAAAUCCGUCUGACUAACGAAGACUUUAUUUCGACAUUCCCCUACCACUUCGUGGUCGAUCAGGAUUGCAAACUUGUACAAGUGGGAAGGGCACUUUACAAUCAUGUCCCUCGAGAUCUUCUACUUCCUGGCACACCGCUGAUUCGUGUGUUCGAGGUUACUCGUCCACAGAUUCCAUUGGAUUUCGACUCGAUCUGCAAUUUCAUCAACGCUGUCUUUGUAUUGCAAGUGAAGACGACUCCUAUGGAAUUUCAGAAAAGUGUGACUAAAAGGAACAGCCAAGUAUUGGAUGAAAAUGGAGUCGACGAUAAUAACAGCCUAGAUCAUAUGACCCAAAGUCAACAUCUCAAAUUGAAGGGGCAGAUGAUGCUGAUGGCAACAGGUCGUCAUUUGAUGUACCUUUGCUCCCCCUACGUCACUUCUAUUCCCGAGCUGCUACAGUAUGGGCUGCGGCUCACAGCAAUGCCUCUUCACGAUGCCACAAGGGAUCUCAUUCUUCUAAAUCAGCAGCGUUUGAGCGAUGUUGAGAUGAAUCUUCAGCUAGAAGCUAACAACGAGCAGCUGGAAUCCAUGGCUAAGGAUUUAGAAGUGGAAAAGGCUAAAACUGAUGCACUUCUCAGCGAAAUGUUACCAUCUUCAGUAGCUCAUCAGCUGAAAGCUGGACAGACUGUUGAUGCCCGUGAUUACGAAUCAGCCACCGUAAUGUUUUCUGAUGUUCCGUCGUUUCAACAAAUUGUACCGUUAUGUCAGCCAAAAGAUGUUGUGUAUCUUUUGAACAAUUUAUUCACCCGCUUUGAUCGUUUAGUCGUUCUUCAAAAGGUUUACAAGGUGGAGACAGUGGGUGAUAGCUACAUGUGCGUUGGCGGUAUUCCUGACUUAGUGGAUGAUCAUUGCGAGAUCAUUUGCCACCUGGCGCUUGGCAUGCUGAUGGAGGCCCAAAAUGUAACUGAUCCGAUCUCCGGCAAGCCUCUUCACAUAAGGGCCGGUAUCCACACGGGUCCAGUUGUAGCCGGAGUUGUUGGAGCAAAAAUGCCAAGAUACUGUCUCUUCGGUGACACGGUAAAUACUGCUUCACGAAUGGAAAGCCACAGCCCUGUCGGACGCAUACACUGCAGCGAAGCCGCUGUCCAGAGCGCACAGCAAACCGGCAGGUUCGAAUUUGAAUCGCGUGGCAAGGUGCAAAUCAAGGGUAAAGGAGAAAUGACCACUUAUUUCCUGUUGAGGAGUUUUAAGCGCUCCAUCUGGGAAGUGAUGGACAAGAAAAGAGAUGAGAACGUGAACAGCAUCGAUGGAUACCAAGAGCUGAGAAGAGCUUUCGUUGAUGAAACGUUGGUGAAGCGCAACUACAAAAGUUCCGCUACAUGCGUCAUUUCUUGAUCGGUGGUUUCUACCUCACUGAAGAGUUUUUCGUAUUUUGAUUGUAUGAUUUCUUCAUUAUUUUGAUUGUUGUUAGUCUGAACUAUGGUAACUAUAAAGCAAGAAAGCAGAGUCUACCGCAAG